GUGUUAUAACUUCACACGAAAGUGGUUUAUUAGCAUACGACACGCAUACAGGUAGUCGCACAAGUCAGUGCUCAUGAUGAAGCGUGUGGAGACUAUGCCCGCUGUGGGUCAACCCCCACAGUCCAGUAAAAACCAGACCCAGGCUAUAGAACGCAAACGCACACAGCACCAGCUGAUGUUCCUUAUAGACGGCAGCGGUGCCAUGUCUGGUACACAUCACACCUUCUGCACACGCUAUGUAACCGCUAUUAUACAGCACUUUAAAGCUCUGAGCGACAUGGAUACGUCGUGUGCGAUGGUUGUGUAUAGAGAUUAUUGCGCGCAGCAACCCGUGGAGAUGAUGCCGUUCACGACAUCGCAGCACAGGGCCCUCUCGUGGUACAAAGGCAUAGACUUCUACGGAGGCUUUCAGUGUCUGGCGUUCAGCGACGGCUUGGCGCUGGCUCUGCAAACACUGGAUAGUAAUAGCACGGAUACAAACACAACACAGUAUUGCUUUGUACUGGCGAACAACGCAUUCCCGGUGGCACCUGUCAACUUUGUUGCAAGGUACAAGGACAAGACAUACAUUGACUUGGCCAACGGUAUGUGA